UUGAGUUUACCCGCGGCUCCUCGUCAGCUGGCCGUGCGUAAUUCCCCAAGAGUCGAGUUGCGCCUUUUUUUGGUAUUCUUUCCAACUGUGGUUUUGCGCGCUGGUUGUUGCGCACAGGGGCGACUGGUAACAUCUCCCAGCACUUUGAUUUUUUUUUAUCAAAUGGGGGGAGCAGACUGCACCAGCGAGAGCCAAACGCCGACAGCACUUUGAGGAGGCGAGCCUUCAGGAGCCGUCAUGUACUAGUGACAGACGGCGGUUGUAGAGCGAGAAGAAACAGCACACACUGACAAACAUGAGCGGCGGCGAAAUCAUCUUCCAAGGCUGGCUGAGGAAGUCACCUCCGGAGAAAAAACUCCGAAGAUAUGCAUGGAAGAAACGCUGGUUCAUCCUCCGCAGCGGCCGCAUGAGUGGUGACCCUGAUGUUCUUGAGUACUACAAGAACGACCACUCAAAGAAACCCAUUCGGGUCAUUGACCUGCACUGCUGCGAGCAGGUAGACGCUGGCCUGACCUUCAAGAGAAAGGAGUUUCAGGACAGCUUCGUGUUUGACAUCAAGACCUCAGACCGCACUUUUUAUCUUGUUGCUGAGACCGAGGAGGAGAUGAACAAGUGGGUCCGCUCCAUCUGCCAGCUGUGUGGGUUCAACCAGUCGGACGACAACCACGAUGGCAGGUUACACCAUAUGCCCCGUUCUGUUGGAGCAGAUGUUACUGGUUCGAUUACUCCUCUGUCCGGAGACCGCAAGUCCUCUGCCCCGAUCCACUCCAGCCAGCCAGUCCUCUUCACCUUUGAUGUGCCUGUGCGCCACUCACAUCAUGGCUCCCUGUCCAACAGCGCACCCCAGGACUACCUCCUCCUCCACCAGUGCAUGAGCAGGAAGACAGAGAGUGCACGGAGUGCCAGUUUCUCCCAGGCCACACGGAGCAAUCUGUUUGUGGGGAGCGACUCCGCGGUGCAGAAACUCUCCCAUGGCUUCUCCCAUUGUCUGAAUGGUAUGGGUGCUCAGUUGCACGGCUUCUACAGCUUGCCCAAACCAGGUAAACAUCAGUUACCUGGGCAUGAUGACUCCCCCCAGGAGGCCUGUUACGUGCUGCCGAGAGGCUACAGCUCAGAGGCGCCGGCUCACAGUAGUCUGGGUGAGCCUGAGCUGGAGAACGAGGAGGUUUACACCUUCAAAACCCCCUGCAAUGCCCUUGCUACCCUGCAUAGCAACGAACGACCACCUGACAAUUAUGACCUUCCUACGCCACCUGGCUCCUUCUACCAGAUCCCCCGGACAUUUGAUAAAAAUCACAAUGCCUUGACACCCUCAAGCUCUGAGUCCUCCUGUGCUCCGCCUCCCAGGCCCCCUAAACCUACCCAGGGGUCAGAGGGUCAGUGGGGGAGUCCGCAAUCGGUAGGAAGCCAGAACGGAGAGGUGACGCCUGCAGUGUCGGUUAUCCCACGCAGAAAUACUCUUCCAGCUGUGGAGAACAUCAGGCUGCACAGAGGCUCCUCCUUUGAAACCAACAACCAUCACCGUCCCAUCCAUUUCAACAACUCAGGCCAGUCAGUGGAGUCUGUCAAUGAUGGGUUUAGCUCUUACCUGAGAACCAAAGCACCGCUGACUCGAUCAGACAGCGGCAACUCAGAUGACAACUAUGUUCCCAUGAAUCCUGGCUCCUCGCCGUUCCUCGCCCAGGCUGACAGUCCUAAGAAUAUCUACAUCCCUAUGAGCCCUGGGCCACAUCACUUUGAUUUCCCAGGAUUCUCUGCAACGUUACCUGCCCGUAAGGGGAGCAGCGCCUCCCUGUGUCACCGGCCGGGCCGUCUCAGUGAUGUCACACCACCACCCAUCAACCGCAACCUCAAACCUAACAGGAAAUCGAAGCCAACACCUCUCGAUUUGAAGAACAAUGGGAUCAUUGAUGAGCUGCCAUUUAAGAGCCCAGUCACCAUGUCCUGGACACGGCCCAUGGCUGCUAUGAACUCCAUGUCCUCACAGCACUGUCGACCAAUCUCCACACAAAGCAUCACCAGCACCGACUCUGCAGACAGUGAGGAGAAUUAUGUGGCUAUGCAGAACCCAGCGUCUACCUCCCCAGCCGUGAGUGGUACCAGCAGCCCGGCCCCUAGGAAGUGUGGUAACGUGGACUACCUGGCACUGGACUUUCAGCCUGGGUCACCCAGCCCACACAGAAAACCUUCUACAUCAUCUGUGACGUCUGAUGAGAAGGUGGACUAUGUGCAAGUGGACAAGGAGAAGACCCAGGCGCUGCAAAGCACGAUGCAGGAGUGGACCGAUGUGCGGCAGUCUACUGAACCGGCCAAGGGGGUCAAGUCCUGACACUGACCUGUACGCUAAGAACCUUAAGUCAAGCAUCUCCAGUAUCAUGUUUCUAUCAUUUCACUAAAUACUGGCUGGGCUUGUUUAAGACUGAAAUUUGGACAAAAAGCCAUAAUGUAUGCCUGUUCUCUGUGAUGAUUUUUACUGCAAUGCACUGCUAACCUGCAGGAUAUCAGGCCAUACAGGUGAGGCGUCCUGCCAAAGCUCUUCAUGCAGACUGUUAAGGACAGUUGAUGUAUAAAAAUAUCAUCCUUACUCAUUGAUCCAACCUUUAUAAAUAACUUGUUUGAUCAGAGCUGUCCCGCCCAUCCCCCUCUGCAGAAACAUUUUGCAUCUAGGAGGUAAUUUACCCAAUUGCAGCCAUUUAAAAGAGUAGUGGAGGCUAACUGGUCGAUAACCAUAUUAAUAAACUGUAAGCUUACUGGUCUCAGGAAUGCCAAGAUGCACUCCAAUUUUGGCAUGCAGGCAGACUCUCCCUUUUCACUUCAAUCUAUCAUUUGUGCUGAGUCUUGCAGAAGCAGUGAGGAGAUUAUUUUCACUGCGGGCAAUCAUUUCAGCUUAGCAGUGCAUGUCUGGUAAGAGGAGGGGGAAUAGAAUACAGCCUUACAAAUACGAGAAGGCCCCGUGUCAGAAGCCCUAAUGAUAACCGCACAUGGCUGUUUCCUCGGUUUCUAUUCAGCGUGAGCCCGAACUGUAUUUAAAAAGCUGUCAGGCUGGAUGGCAGGCCAAUUAUGUCAAUGCAGGUACAAUGUCAGUAGCGUCCAAAAUGUACAGUAUGAAGAGAAGAAGAAGCGUCUUGUAUCUUUGUAGAUUUGACUUCAGUGGUCAAUUUACUUCAGGUAAUAUUCUAAUACAUUUCACUGUAAACGUGCAUUGACCAAGGAAAUUACUGAACUGGAGAAAGUUAAAAUAAAGCAGAAGGGAGUUCAGAUAUCCUCUCUAUCUCUCUCUCUAGAGACCAUAAAUACAAGCUAAGUAGAAGGAAAAUAGCAUAUUUAUGUUUUAUGGAACUCAACCAUUCACUGAUGUAUGUCUUUGGUCUUUGAUAUGCCACAGCUGUGUCUCUGAAGAGUAAUUGUUUCCUGUAUGUAAAUUAUUAAUAGAAUGACAUAUUUGCGGCACAUCUCGUUGACUGUUUGAUGCACUUGUCUGAGACAAAAAAGUGCACCGCAGUAAUGUAACGUUGUGCUUUUCUUUCAAACCUGCCACGAUGAAGAUUUGCCAGUGAUCACAGUCACUUAAAACGAGUUUAGGAAAGAAUGUUUUCUUAAUUUCCUAAACUCUUUUCAUUGUUUAAUUUGCCUUAUAUUUUCAUUUCAGUUUUGACUGUAAAUUUUUGCCUUGGAGAAAUGUAAUUAUUCACAAUAUAAUUCAAGUGAGAGCCAUAUUGUAUUUAGGACAACUGAGUGAUCAGUUUCUAGUUCAACUUAAGUCCAGUAUUUCAUUGUGGGCUGGAACCACUAAAGGGUGAAUUUGAUCUUUCUAUGAAUUGUGUGGCCAUGCAGUGCUAGAUGGUAUUAUUGGUUAUUUCAUUAGGAUUUACCUCUUAAUGUUUUUCUACCAUUUUUACUGCUUUUUGUAUUCUUUUUAUCAUUAUUUUUUUUAUUGAUACAUGUACGCAAGUCAUAAAGACAGAGUCAGGCUAAAUUAAGCUAAGUUUGUUACAGCAUGUAUUCUUUUUUUUAAAUACCCAAAUUUUAUGAUCUAUACAUGAAAUGGGGAGGCUGACAGUUUGAGUUGCUCUGGCGAAGCCCUUCCCAGACAAACUGUGAGAGAGCCAGAGGAAAGCAAAGACUGAAGAAAAGCCUGUCUCCUUGUCAGUCUCUGAAGUGAAAUGGAUAUGUAAUUUAUUAUCUAGAGAUACCCGUCGUAAACAGAAGAGCUGUGUAUGUGUUGUGGUAGAUUGUGAGUUGUAGUAUGUUUAAUGACAGCCUGACUGGGCGAGAUUGAAAACACUGCUCAGAUCUACUGUCAGACUGUCACUGGGUUGACGUACUGUACUAGUAGAGAACAUUUUUUUAACCACUGUUAUUGCUACUACUGUAAAGCAUUUGCAGAUUGCUUGUGUGUUAAUUUAUUAAUUUAUUGUGCAUUUUGCAGAUGAUAAUUGUAAAAAAGAAAAAAAACAACCAAACAAGGAAAUCUUCUCCCUACUAACAUUAAUGUAUGCAAACUGUCUUGAUUUUGUGAAGCAAUAUGACAAACAAUGCCAGUGUGAUGGUAAUGUGGUACAGUUCAUUUGGGAUGCAAAAGAACACAAUACUUUGUUCUCCCUGUAUUGUGGUAGACUUAAACUGUGGACUUAGAAUAAAUCAAGAAGUGAAA